GAUGUGCUAUGUAUGGACACUGUGCAGAAGUUGGAGGAUUUGCAAAACCAUGUCCUGCUAAUCAUGAAGCAUUGCCUUUGUUCAGCAAACUAAGUAAAGAAGACAGAGAUGAAGUAUUUGAUAUAGUUAAAUGGCGUUGCCCUCAUUUGUUAUUCGAUGAGGAAGGUAACCAAAAAGAUGAUGACGAUAUUGUUGCCUGUUGUGACUCCAAACAAAUUAAGGAUCUACACUCAAGUUUACUAUUGGCUGAUGGUGUCUUUGGGCGUUGUCCUAUAUGCAUAAGAAACUUUGCUAGGCAAAUUUGUGAAAUGAACUGUUCUCCAGAUCAAUCCCGAUUUGUCAAUGUGACCUUGGCUAUCGCUCCUGAUGGAUCUGAAUAUGUAAAUGAAGUAAACUAUAGACUUUAUGAAGACUUCAUGGUGAAUGCACAUGCCUCGUGCUCCGGCGUCAUCGUACCACAGACUGGAAUGCCGGCUAUAAAUCUUAUGUGUGGAAAUGCUCCUGUUUGUGAUCCUGAGGCUUGGUUUGGCUUUACUGGCGAUACAGCCAAUAAUCCCAUGGCUCCUGUUCAAGUUAACUUUUUUAGAUGGUUGACAGAGGAAGAUUCAAUGAAUGUUCGGGCUCCAUUGUGCAACGAAACCUUAGAGGGUGAUCUACCUUGUAGUUGUAUUGAUUGUUUUGACAAUUGUCCAGUAACAGAUAAACCAAUAACUCCGGACAUAUGCACUGUAUUUUCUGUACACUGCCUCGGAUUUUCGGUUGGAAUAGUGUUUUUUACUUUAACAGUUAUAAUAUUUACAAUUCUUUCAUUAUUGGAACGUAGGAAAAUAAACAAAGGUUCAUUUAGUAAAGCGGAUGAAAAAUACCAAUAUAAGGUUAAUUUUGUAAUUAAAAUAUUCCAAGAAGUUUUUAAAAGCAUCGGUAUAUUUUCCGUAAAUAACUCCAUAUUAACUAUAAUGUUAACAACAUGGAUAGCUUUUUCAAUGGUAUUCGGUAUUUUAAAUAUAAAUCCAACGACAAACCCCGUGGAACUCUGGUCUGCCCCAGAAUCUCGUAGUCAUCAAGAAUUACUUUACUUUAACUCUAGGUUUGGUCCUUUUUAUCGAGCUGCUCAAGUAUUUUUAACAAUUAAAUUAGAUCCGUUUGUUGUCAAUAAUGUAACUUACGGACCUGCGUUUAGAAUAGAAGCAAUACAAGAACUAAUAUCACUUGAGAAUGCUAUUAUGAACAUUGGAAGACAAGAUGAUACAGUAACAUUGGAAAAAGUAUGCUAUGCUCCUCUACGUCUCCCAGGGAGUGAGCCAAAGUUAGAAGAGUGUGUAUCAAUGUCAGUAUCUACUUAUCUUCCCGAUAGAAACAAUAUUAACAAUAACACAUAUCUUAACAAUAUUCAAAAUUGCCUUUAUAAUUAUCUUUCUCUCAGUUGUAUGGCCGCUUGGGGAGGUGGGGCUGAACCAGAAAUAUCACUAGGUGGUUACGAAGGUGAUAAUAUGUUACUCGCUGAUACUUUGCUAACUAAUUACCCCAUAACGAACCAUUUACUUGCGGACCAAUUAGAACCUGUUUUAGAAUGGGAAAAGAAAUUUAUAGAUUUGAUGCAUGAUUAUGAAAAAAAUUGGAAAUCUGAAUUUGUUGAAGUAGCCUUCGCAGCUGAAAGAUCUAUCGAAGAUGAAAUCGAAAGAAUUUCGGCAGCCGAAGCUAUACCAAUUGCUAUAAGUUAUUUAUUAAUGUUUAUAUACGUUAUUUUUGCACUCGGCAACAUUAAAAGUUUAAGAACUUGCUUAAUCGACAGUAAAGUUACAGUAGCCAUUAGUUGCAUAUGCGUAGUUGUAAUCGCCAUCAUUUGUGCUUUGGGAUUAUUAAUAUAUUGCAAUAUAACAGUGACUUUAUUAGCAAUAAACGUGAUUCCAUUCUUUAUUUUAUCGGUAGGUAUUGAUAACGUUUUCUUAAUGUUGAAGGAAUUGCAACAUAUAGAAAAUAAUUUGAAUAACUAUGAAGAUUAUAAAGAUGACUUUAGUUUUGAAAAGAAACGUAUUUUUGUGUUCGGUAAGAUGAUGCAUAAUGUAGGACCGUCGAUGUUUGUUUCCUCUACUACCCAAAUUACGUGUUUUGCAAUCGGUACUAUUUCUAGUCAACCGGCAGUUCAACAAUUUGCUAUAUUUGCUUCUUUUGCUUUAGGAUUCCUUUUUCUAUUCCAAAUAACGACAGUAGUUGCUAUAUUAUCAAUCGACUAUAAACGGGUCCAUUCUAAUAGAUUCGAUAUUCUAUUUUGUGUCCAAAAGAAAAUACUAGAUGAUCAAGACCCGCUACAAAGUAAUAAGCCAUAUAAAAGUAUUACUGAAAGACUAAUGGAACCUUAUGCCAAAUUUAUCUUAGACCGGCGAGUUAAAAUAAUUGUAGCAAUUGUAUUCAUGGCUCUUGUUUCCAUAAGUGCUAUCUUGAUACCACAGAUUGAAAUUGGCCUGGAUCAAGAAAUGUCACUACCGGCUGAUUCUUAUGUAUAUAAAUAUUUAAUAGCUGUAAAUGAAAUUUUACGUAUCGGACCGCCAGUUUACUUUGUACUCAAAAGUGGUUUAAAUUUUACAGAUCCGGAUCAUCAAAACGUAAUCUGUGGUAGUAGGUUAUGUAAUAAUGACUCGUUAGCAACACAAAUAUUUUUAGCGUCCCAAUAUAGCGAGAUAACAUAUAUUGCUAAAAGUUCAAAUUCAUGGUUAGACGAUUUCUUUGAUUGGAGUAGUUUACCUGGAUCCUGUUGUAAAUUUAACGCGACAACUGGUGGGUUCUGUGCAAGUUCGGAUACCUCACCGGAAUGUAAGGACUGUAUUAUUGAUAGAUCUUAUUUUGGAAAUGGAUUAAGACCAGCAGGUGAAGCGUUCGGUGACUACAUUCCGUUCUUUUUAAUUGACAGUCCAACUGAAUCAUGUAACAAAGGUGGUUUGGCAAGUUAUUUCAGCAAUGUUAACUAUGUACUUGAUUCACAAGGCAAAGCUACGGUGGAGGAUUCUAAUUUCAUGACAUAUCACACCAAUUUGAGAACAUCAAAGGAUUAUAUAACUGCUUUAAAAUAUGCUUAUGAGUUGAGCGAUAAUAUCACAGCAGCGAUAUAUAAAAACACAGGCUUAGACGUUGAAGUUUUUCCAUAUUCCGUGUUUUAUAUAUAUUUUGAACAGUAUUUAUAUGCCUGGGGAGACACUUUUAAAGCGAUAGGAUUUUCUCUUUUGGGAGUUCUACUAAUUAAUUUAUUUGUAACCGGUUUUAACUUUUUAAUUACUUUCGCUUUAAUUUUCACUGUAGUGAUGAUUACUGUUGAAAUGAUGGGUAUUAUGUAUAUCUGGAAUAUACCUCUUAAUGCUGUUUCUUGUAUAAACUUAAUCGUGAGUAUAGGUAUAGCAGUAGAAUUCUGUAGUCAUAUUGCUUAUGCUUAUGCUACUAGUAACAGUCCGCCGAGUCAGAAAGUCAGCGAUGCUAUUAAGAGCGUAGGGGCAACUAUCAUAACUGGAAUAACUUUUACGAAUAUUCCAAUAAUAGUUCUAGCUUUCUCUUAUACAGAUAUCAUUGAAGUGUUCUUCUUUAGAAUGCUUUUUAGUUUAGUUGUAUUAGGUUUUCUUCACGGAAUGAUAUUUUUCCCUGUAUUAUUAAGUUAUUUAAACGACUUAAAAUAUCGAUAAAUGUA